AUGAAGACGGCCUUAAUUUUGCUGAGUCUUCUGGGAAUGGCCUGUGCUUUCUCAAUGAAAAAUUUACAUCGAAGAGCCAAAAUAGAGGAUUCUGAAGAAAAUGGGAUCUUUAAGUUCAGACCACGAUAUUAUCUUUACAAACAUGCCUACUUUUACCCUCAUUUGAAAAGAUUUGUUGUUCAGGCCAACAGUGACUCAUCUGAAGAAGAUGGAGACGGUAACAGUUCAGACGAGGAAGAGGAAGAAGAGGUAAGAAAUGAGUCUUCAAAUGAAGAAGAAGAAGAGAAUGAAGAUGAAGAAUCUGAAGCUAAUUCUACUGUUUCUACCACAACUUUUGGCUAUGGAGAAGAGCCCACACCUGGAACAGGGGGCAUAGGGUUAGCCGCAAUCCAACUGCCCAAGAAGGCUGGAGAUGCAGGAAGCAAAGCUACAAAACAGGAAGAAAGUGAUGAGGAGGAAGAAGAAGAAGAGGAGGAAGAAAAUGAAGAAAACGAAGCCGAAGUGGAUGGAAAUGAGCAAGGCAUAAAUGGCACCAGCACCAACAGCACAGAUGUUGAAAAUGGCAAUGGUAGCAGCGAUGGAGACAACGGGGAAGAGGAAGGAGGAGAAGAAAACGUCACUAAAGCCAGUGUAGAAGGAACCACAGCGCCUGCAGAACAGGAGACAACGCCCUAUGCAAAUGGGAGGUUUGAACUCACAACCACUUCAUUUGGAGAGAGUACCACCACUGGAUAUGAAGAUGAGUAUGAACAAACAGGCACCAAUGAAUACAACAAUGGCUAUGAGACCUAUGACAAUGAAAAUACAGAACCUCGUGGGGACACUUACCGAGCAUAUGAGGACGAGUACAGCUACUUUAAAGGGCAGAGCUAUGAUGGCUAUGAUAGUCAUAAUUACUACUACAACCAGUGA